AUGCACCAUGAAGUCGCCCGGUCGGUCCAAUUGAUUGAGAACCUAGACCCUGCGGGCUCUCAGAUCGCCGAGAUGCUUGGGCAGGCCAGCGACUCGUUUGUCAAGUCCAGCUUCCGCCCCGCGGAGACUGACUCGGCCGACAACGCGAAUGCGGUUGCCGAAGCAGACCACCUGAUCAGCUUCUUGACGGCCCGCAUCGACUUUCUCAACCGGCUGGUUCCUAAAAACACGCGUCGCCCGCCGAAGAACACCGAGCCAGUGUAUUGUAAAUGCAGAAAACCGGCGUUCGGCGAAAUGGUCGGCUGCGACGACCCAGACUGCCCCUACGAGUGGUACCAUAUGGCCUGUGUAGACAUUACUGUGGCUCCUAAGGGCAAGUGGUUUUGUCCGACUUGCCGCGAGAGGAUUGGGCUCAAGUCACCCAAGAAACGCCAGCUAUAUUAA